GGGUGGGCGAGUGAGCACUCCCAGAAGUCUCUGCGAUGCGGCUCAGCGUGCUCCCCGUAACCAGCCAGGCCUAGGCCAGGAAGUGAUUACCCGCUACAGUACUACCAGCAACGCUGCUUUCUGGCCUUGGACUACAUUUCCCUUAAGGCACUGCGGACAGUUCUAGCUCCCCCUCCCCCCACGCAAACUUGGCAGCCUCCUCCUGUGAGUUUGGGGGUCUUACGCUCUGGACUACGUUUCCCAGACUUCACAGCGGCCCAACGUUACAGCUCUCUUGACGUCGUGGCGAGAUCGGUCGCUUUGCAAGAACCCUGACGAGACCAGUGGAGGCAGAAGAUCCUUGCACUUGUCCAAGAGAAGAAUUCAGAAAAAGCAGAGGUCAAAUAAUUUCAAAAGCCAUGGCCCAUGGAUUGAUAACAUUCAGGGAUGUGGCCAUUGAGUUCUCUCAGGAAGAAUGGAAGUAUCUGGAACCUUCCCAGAGGGACUUAUACAAAGAUGUGACUUUGGAGAACUUCAGUCACUUGGUCACAUUAGGACUUUCCAUUUCGAAGCCUGAUGUCAUCUCCUUAUUGGAGCAAGGAAAAGAGCCAUGGAUGGUUACAAAUGACAUGACAGGACCUUGGUAUCAAGGCUUAGAGUCCAGAUGUAAGACAUUUCCACAAAAAGAUAUUUUUGAAAUAAAGUCUUUCCAUUGGGAAGUAAUGGAAAGCCUUAAAAACUGUGAUCUUGAUGGCUCCAGUUUUAGAGGUGACUGGGAAUGCAAAGGCCAAUUUGAGAGACAAGUAAAUCAGGAAUGCUAUUUCAAGCAAGUAGAAAUCACCUACGAAAACAUGCCCAGUUUCGAGCAUCACAGAUCCCUCACUCCCCAUCAGCACAGCCGGACCAGCGAGAAAAUGAUUGAAUGCAGUGAAUGUGGGAAAGUGUUUCACCGUGGCUCACACCUUAGUCAACAUCAGAAAACGCAUACUGGUGAGAAGCCCUUUGAAUGUAAGGGAUGUGGGAAGGCCUUUAGCCGUGCCUCACACCUUGUUCAACAUCAGCGAAUUCAUACAGGUGAGAAACCUUACGGCUGUAAGGAAUGCGGGAAGGCCUUCGGUCGUACCUCGGAACUUAUUCUGCACCAGAGGCUUCAUACUGGUGUCAAACCCUAUGAAUGUAAAGAAUGUGGAAAGACCUUCAGGCAGCAUUCACAACUUAUUCUGCAUCAAAGAACUCAUACAGGUGAGAAACCCUACGUGUGUAAAGACUGUGGGAAGGCUUUUAUCCGAGGCUCACAGCUUACUGUUCAUCGCAGAAUUCACACAGGUGCUAGACCCUACCAGUGUAAAGAGUGCGGGAAAGCCUUUAGACAGCACUCGCAGCUGACUGUCCAUCAGCGAAUCCACACUGGUGAGAAGCCCUAUGAAUGUAAGGAAUGUGGAAAGGGCUUUAUUCACAGCUCAGAAGUGACUCGGCAUCAAAGAAUCCAUUCCGGGGAGAAGCCCUAUGAAUGUAAGGAGUGUGGGAAGGCCUUCAGACAGCAUGCACAGCUUACUCGACACCAGAGAGUUCAUACAGGUGACAGACCCUAUGAAUGCAAGGACUGCAGGAAGGCCUUUAGUCGCAGUUCAUACCUCAUUCAGCAUCAGAGGAUUCAUACAGGAGACAAGCCUUACGAAUGUAAGGAAUGUGGGAAAGCUUUUAUUCGUGUUUCACAGUUGACCCACCAUCAGCGAAUUCACACCUGUGAGAAGCCUUACGAAUGUAGGGAAUGUGGGAUGGCCUUCAUCCGUAGUUCACAGCUUACUGAACAUCAGAGAAUCCAUCCUGGGAUCAAGCCUUAUGAAUGUAGGGAGUGUGGGCAGGCCUUUGUCCUUGGCUCUCAGCUCAUUGAACACUACAGAAUCCAUACCAGUUAGCAAGCCUUGGAUGUGAGGGACAUAGAGAAACCUCUAUGUGAGCUCACACCUGGCUCAAUAUUAGUUCAUUAUCGAUGUAAUUAAUGUCAGAAAAUCUUUAUUUGUCACUUCUAUUGUGGAACAUUAGAGAACUCAUAACAGAAGAAAAUUCAGUAAAUGUGGGAGUUCUUUUUGUCUUACUGCUUACUAAGCAUCAGAAAACAUUUGCUUUAAAAAGUUAAUAAGAAUACAGAACACCCUUGUGUUAGCAUUCAAAAUAUGCUAAAUUUCUAAGAAUUCCAAAUAGAAAGUGACCUAUGCAGUGGUAGCACCUGUAGUCCCAGCUACUUGGGAAGCUGAGACAGGAGGCUCACUUGAGCCCAGGAAUUCAAAACCAGGCUGAGCAACAUACCAAGACUUCGCCUCAAAAAAAAAAAAUUGUGAAUGUGCCUUUUUCCAUGGCAUAGACCUUUCUCAACAUUGUCUUAUCAUUUCCAUUGUUUACUGACUGUAUAGCCUUAGGGAAGUUUUGCAAUCUCUCUAUCCCUCAUUUAGUUUUUUUUUUUCUUGGUACUGGGAUCAAACUCUAGUCCUUGUGCUUGCAAGGCAGCCAGCGGAACCACUGAGCUAGAUCCCCAGCCCUCUCAUUUACUUUUUUUCCCACUUAUUUUUAAGUAAUGAUAAUUAUGUUUACCUAAUAGAGAGUUUUCAUAAAGACUAAAUCAAAUUUUUUUUUCUUUUGGUAUCGGGGAUCAAACUCAUGACUUUGCAUUUGCCACGCAGGCAUGGCGCCACUGAACUACAUCCCUAGCCAUCAAAUUUUUUUUUCCUCUGUACCGGGGAUCGAACUCAGGUGAAGAACUGCUGAGCUACAUCCCCGGCCCUAGAGUUUCUUCAUUCUUUUUUUUUUUCCCCCUCAGUACUGAGAUCGAACUCUGGACCUUGCACUUGCCAGGCAGGCGUAAUGCUACUGAGCUAAAUCCCUGGCCUUCAAAUGUUUUUUAUAAAGCCUUUAAACAUAAAUCUGCAACAUAUAUGUGCGCAAUAAAUACUAGCUCGUAUCAUUAAUUUUAUUAGUAUUGCUGUUAUUGAGUUAAUGUAAAAGGAGGACCUUAUGAAUAUAUUAAGUAUUUAAAAAGCCUUCAUAACCAGUGUUAUUAUAAUUCAUUCCAAAAAGCAGUUAUAAGGCCAUAAUUAUCACAAAGAGGCCUUCAUCCAGCUAAGUGUGAUAGUGGACACCUGUAAUCCCAGCACUCAGGAGGCUGAGGCAGGAGGAUCACCAAAUUCAAAGCCAGUUUGGGCAACUUAGAUCCUGUCUCAAAAUUUUAAAAAACCAAACUACAAACUAGAAAUAAAUGAUAAUAAAUUCUACAUAUUAAAUACCAGUUCGGCUGGGGAUUUAGCUCAAUGGCUUCACACCUGCCUUGCAGGCACAAGGUCCUGAGUUCGAUCCCUGAUGCUGAAAAAAAAAAAAAAGCAAACAAACAAAAAAAACCCCAGUACCAAAGCUGUACUCUUAUAAGAAUCCAAGAAUUAAAGGUAUGGGCUUUAUCACCAAGCAUAGAUCUCUAGCACCUAGUCAUUCCCAGUCAUACUGAGCAUAUUGAAUGAAUGAUUAAUUAAGAGAAAAGAAUUAACAACUAAACCAAAUUAGCGGUAAGAAUGAUUAAAAAUUGCUCUCAGUUCAAGGUCAGCCUAGGCUCCAUAGUGAGUUCAAAGCCAGACUGAGCUACAUAGUGAGACUGUCUCAAAACACCAAAAAAAAAAAAGUUAUCAUGGCUUUUCCUCAUGCUAGCCCAUCCCAUGUGCUCUAGAGUGUACUUUUGUCUUGCUUUUUCCAUUUUUUUUUUUUUUUG